GUGUAGUUGAGAUUAAAGAAAAUAUGGACCCAAUGUGGACUGAUAACGAUGAGGUCAAAGAGAUGCAAAGCCAAUGUCAAACACAAAUAAACGUAAAACCAAAGCCGAACAUGAAGAAUCGUAAAUCCAAUUUAAAUGCGAAAAGAGGUAAAGCCAAUGAAUGCAAAGAGAGGAAAGCUAGCGAAAGCAAAAAGAAGAAAGCCAGCAAAAGCAAAGAGAGGAACCAACGAAUGCAAAGGAGGUAA